GGCUAAUUUCUCAUACAGUUAUCACCGUUAUCUCAGCAUCUUCGUAGAAGAAAAUCUCAUCCACAGAGUUUACUCAUCGUCUUCGCAGUGUCACCCAUGAAUUCCACAAUCUACAAGCCCGCCACUCACCCAUCGUCACUCUUCCCACAAAUCAAACUCUGCAAAACCAUCAAAGACCUGAAGCAAGUCCAUGCCCACAUGAUUAAAACCGCCCAAAUGCACGACCCUCUGGCCGCAGCCGAAGUCCUCAGGUUCUGUGCGCUCUCGAAUCAACGCGAUGUUGAAUACGCAAGCAAGGUGUUCGACCAAAUGCCCCAACCCAAUUGCUUUUCUUGGAACACUAUAAUCAGGGCUCUUGCUGAGAGCGAUCAUGAUGAUGAUGAGCCAUUGGAGGCCUUGUUGUUGUUCUGUCGAAUGUCCUGUGAUGGUUUUGUAGAACCCAAUCAGUUUACCUUUCCUUCUGUAUUGAAAGCGUGUGCUCGGACGGUGAGGCUUGAAGAAGGGAAACAAGUACAUGGGCUUGUUGUGAAGUAUGGAUUGGAUAGUGAUGAGUUUGUAGUUAGCAAUCUUGUUAGGAUGUAUGUGAUGUGUGGGGUUUUGGAGGAUGCCCAUGUGUUGUUUCUUAGGAACGUGAUUGAAUUUGAUAAUGGGGGUGAAGUUGUGAGGAAUAAGAGGAGGGAAGAGGGUAAUGUGGUUUUGUGGAAUGUGAUGGUCGAUGGCUACGUGAGACUUGGGAAGUUUUCAGCUGCUAGGGAGUGGUUCGAUAGAAUGCCUCAAAGAAGUGUGGUUUCAUGGAAUGUGAUGAUAUCUGGGUACGCACAAAAUGGGUUAUUUAAGGAGGCAAUAGAGAUGUUUCGUGAGAUGCAGAUGGGAGAUGUAUGCCCGAAUUAUGUGACAAUGAUUAGUGUUCUGCCGGCAAUUUCAAGACUCGGAGCGCUUGAAUUGGGGAAAUGGGUACAUUUGUUUGCGGAGAAGAAUGGGAUCGAGAUUGAUGAUGUGCUUGGUUCUGCUUUGGUUGAUAUGUAUUCUAAGUGUGGGAGCAUUGAGAAGGCACUUCAAGUUUUUGAGAGGUUGCCAAAAAAGAACACAAUCACUUGGAGCGCAAUAAUCAGUGGGCUUGCAAUGCAUGGUCAAGCAAAUGAUGCAAUUGAUUAUUUUUCAAGGAUGGAAAGAGCUGGAGUGACACCUAGUGAUGUUACUUAUAUAGGUGUUUUGAGUGCAUGUAGCCAUGUAGGCUUGGUGGAUGAGGGGCAAUCCUUUUUCAACCACAUGGUUAAGGUGGUGGGCUUAGAAGCUAGAAUUGAACAUUAUGGGUGUAUGGUCGAUCUAUUAGGUCGCGCCGGACAUUUGGAAGAAGCUGAAAAGCUUGUAUUGAACAUGCCAAUUAAGCCGGAUGAUGUGAUCUGGAAGGCCUUGGUUGGUGCUUGUAAGAUGCAUGGAAACAUAGAGAUGGGCAAACGAGUGGCAGAGAUUUUGAUGGAUAUGGCUCCUCAUGAUAGCGGAUCUUAUGUGGCUCUCUCAAAUAUGUAUGCCUCUUCAGAAAAUUGGGAGGCAGUUGCAGAGGUGAGGUUGAUGAUGAGAGAGAUGGACAUAAGGAAAGACCCUGGAUGCAGUUGGAUUGAGCUUGAUGGAGUAAUUCAUGAGUUUUUGGUGGAAGAUGAGUCCCAUCCUAGAGCCAAAGAAAUACAUUCAAUGUUGGAAGAAAUUUCCAAGCAAUUGAGGUUGAUAGGCUAUAGGCCAGACACUGCACAAGUCUUGCUCAAAAUGGAUGAAGAAGAAAAAGAAAGUGCCUUACACCAUCACAGUGAGAAGAUUGCAGUUGCCUUUGGCUUAAUCAGUACAAGCCCUCAAACGCCCCUUCGGAUUGUUAAGAACCUACGCAUCUGCGAGGAUUGUCACUCUUCAAUGAAACUAAUCUCAAAAAUUUAUAAACGAAAGAUUAUUGUGCGUGAUCGGAAACGUUUUCACCAUUUUGAGCAUGGGUCUUGUUCAUGUAAGGAUUAUUGGUAAUUUCUCAAUCAUGGGUACAUAAGGCUGUCUCUGGUUCAACUGUAGAUAUGAUUGAAUCAAAAUAUUUUAGAACAGACAAGA